AUUUUGUUGGUUUGUUAUUUCGAUCUUGACAUCUAUUUCUCCAUAUUUUUAGAGUUUUUUAGUAUUGUGAGUUUACUGAUUCUAUGACGAGUUUUGAAAGGAUUGUAACUCAUCCUGCUACUGCUACGGUUGCCAAAGAAGUGAUAGAACAGCCUAAUGUCAACCUUGAAUCCCUAAAACAGGACCCACGGACAGGACAACUUCUUGGAACUGGUCGCAAGAGUCUUUGCAAAUUCCAUAUCAACAAAUCUUCCAAGUCUGUGCUGCUACUAACAUUUCUCCUCCCCAUUUGUGGCACUCAUGACUCGGACAUACCUCUGUCGCAACCAGCUUUAUCUUUUUCGAGUAGUCAUUCUCAUUCUACUGCUCCUUUUGAUCUUGUGCAUUCUGAUGUUUGGUGUCCAUCUCCUACACCCACCAUGGGGGCUGCUUAUCUUAUUAAUCGCAUUCCAUCAUCAGUCCUUAAUAACCAGUCUCCAUAUGAGCGUCUGCAUGGUAUUCUUCCUGCUUAUAAUCUUCUUAAGGCAUGCUUGGUUGCCAAGGAUUUUACACAGGAGUAUGGAAUCAACUAUGAAGAGACAUUUGCUCCAGUUGCUCGUCUUACAUCUGUGCGCAGUUUGCUUGCUAUUGCUGCUAUACGGAGAUGGAAAUUGUUUCAGAUGGAUGUGAAAAAUGCUUUUCUUAAUGGUGACUUAGAAGAAGAAGUUUAUAUGAAACCACCUCUUGGGCUCCACCAUCCUCCAAACAAGGUGUGUCGAUUGCGCCGAGCAUUAUAUGGGUUGAAGCAAUCCCCUCGAGCUUGGUAUGCAAAGUUUAGUGCUACUGCGAGUGAGUUUGGUUUUACUUCCAGUCCACAUGAUACAGCUUUGUUCAUUCGUAAGACUACUCGGGGUAUGGUUCUUUUACUUCUUUAUGUUGAUGACAUGAUUAUUACUGGAGAUGAUGUCGCAAGUGUUGAGGAGUUAAAAACUGAUACCAUGUUAGAAAUUGAAAAGAAGGAGAAAUAUCUGAAGAAAUGUUUAUUGCUUUCUUGAAUUAUACUAUAUGUACAAUGACCUAUAUAUAGGUGUUUACAAAGAGAAUAUUCUAAGGUAUAAAGUAUAUAAAGAGAAUAUUCUAAA